AUGUCCGGACAACAACCUGCGCCCAGCCCAGGGCCUCGCAGCGCGAGUACUGGACCAAAUGGACCACUUGCCACCCCAACCUCGGCGCCUUUGGUCAAUGGAGUCACUCCAAACACGGUAUCGCAAGCGGCUACCUCGACAACCACAGGAACCAGCACAGGCAUUCCGGCUGGUCAGAUGACACAGCAGAACCUCAACCAGAUUGUGAUCGAUUAUCUAGCCAAGAAAGGUUACCACCGAACCGAAGCCGUUCUUCGCGCCGAGUCCGCAAAUCAAGAAGUCCCAAAGACGGAUGACUCAAAGCCAAAGGUUGUGCAAUCAACCCCCAAGUAUGCGGAGGCUUUUGCUCGUCUUCAGGCCUGGACUGAAGAUGCUCUCGAAAUGUACAAGCCGGAGGUUGAGAGGCUGCUUUGGCCUUUCUUCGUCUACUUGUACCUUGCGUUAGUCGAAACUCCAGGAUCAAGCGACAGAACUCAGAAGUUUUGGCAACGCUUCAGUGAAAACUUUCGCAAGGAGCACGACUACGACAUGAAACAGCUGCAGAGCACGACACUACCUGAGCACCUUGAGCAGGAUGGCGAGGCAAAGCGGUAUCUCACGAACAAAUACCGGGUCAAUCUCUCGAAUCCUGGUCACAUGUAUUUCAUGAGCUUCCUUGAAUCGCUUGAUAAGGAUAUAUUCGCCAUCUUCAUCAAAGUCAUUCAAACCAACCUCGACUUACGCGCCGUCGAUCGGGCUACUGAUGAUCGUUUCAGCUUCGCAUCAAUCAUCCUUCGGGGACAAGAAGGUGAAGACCUACCUCCCGAGGACGAGGGUAUUCCGGGUCAUCGGCCUGGCAAUGCCAUCAUCACCGAUCAGGCAAACGUUGGCAACACCCUGGCAAAUUUGAAGCUGGGAAAAUUGCAGAUGGACAAAGAGGUCGAGGAAGAUGUCCGAGGAGACUUGGCCGAUCUUGAUCUGCAAGUUCCGCCACGAGAAGGCCAGCCAAGCCUUGUUGAGACGCAUGAGAAGCUCAACAUCAAACAAGAAGACGAAGACGAAGGACCCAGCCGAGUCGAGAUCCCUUUCCCCGCAUCCACGGCACGAGACGUCGCCAUGGAAGUCACCAAGAUUCGCGAGAAUCGUGAUCGUCUGAAAAUUGAAGGUCGCACGGGUGGCGUAGGGCCUGGUAUCAGUGUAUGCAUGUAUACCUUCCACAAUUCCAGCGACAGCAUAAAUUGUAUGGACAUCUCGGGCGAUCUUAAACUCAUCGCCACUGGCAUGUACGACUCCUACAUCCGCGUCUGGACCCUCGAUGGCUCGGCGCUUGGUACCUCCGACAGUGGUCAACCUCAGGCUUCUCAACGUCUUAUCGGUCACUCCGGUCCCGUCUACAGUGUCAAAUUUGCACCAGCUAUAGGUCAAUAUGACGAAAACUCUCCCGGCGCGCCUGUCAAAUGGCUUCUGUCAGGUGCCAACGAUGGAACCAUCAUCCUCUGGUCACUGGCAACCUUCCAAGCAAUGGUCAAGUACAAAGGCCACGUCGGCCCCGUCUGGGAUAUCUCCUGGAGCCCAUUCGGGCACUACUUUCUCAGCGGUGGUCUCGACAAGAUGGGCCGCAUCUGGACGACCGACAAAAUGCAACCUGUACGCCUCCUUGUUGGCCACGACAAGGAUAUCGAGGUAGUCACAUACCACCCCAAUGCCGCCUACGUCUUCACCGCCUCAAGCGACAAGACGGUACGGAUGUGGUCGGUGCAGACCGGCUCCGCCGUGCGCAUGUUCACCAGCCACACCUCGCCCAUCACGGCUCUCGCCUGCAGCAACGACGGCAAAGUCCUCGCAUCCGCCGACGACUCCGGCAGCAUCAUCCUUUGGGACCUCAACAGCGGGCGCCGCAUGAAGCAGAUGCGCGGCCACGGCAAAGGCGGCGUCUGGUCGCUCUCCUGGUCCGCCGAGUCCAACGUCCUUAUCUCCGGCGCCGCAGACAACACCGUCCGCGUCUGGGACGUUUAUGGCCCGCCCAAGGAAGCCGCUGCGGCGGGCGCCAAGCCAGGAGAGGCCGGCAAGGCCGGCGAAGCUGGGACUUCCGGUCCAACGAUCUUACAGGGUAGCGCGGCAGGCGGUACCAAGAAGGGCAAGAAGGACGCCGUCGUCACGGCGGAUCAGAUCAGCGCGUUCCCUACCAAGAGCACGCCGGUGUACUAUGUCAAGAUGACGAGCAUGAAUCUCGCGCUGGCGGCGGGCGCGUUCUUGCCGGAGCUGCAGAGGAAAUAG